GUAGAGAGAGAGAGAGAGAGGGAAGAGAGAGAAAGUAGAGAGAGAGAGAGAGAGGGAGAGAGUGAAGAGGAAGAAGGAGAAGAAGAAGAUAAGGGGGAAGAAGGUGUGAGAUCUUGCGACAAUCAGCAGGGUACAGCGAAAGAUCUCUCCUUGCCGUCGAUUCAGUGUGCUUUCUGGCCGAGUGCUUGCUCGGAAUCUUUGCCUAUUCGGGCUCCGGCGGCCGGGCCCCCGGGCGAAUUAUGCUCCGGCUCCGGCGAUGAGAUAAGGGUGUGUCCUCAUCUUCCCUGGUGUAUCGGGCUCGAUUCGACGAGAAGGGGGAGCGCACGAGAAACCCUUUAUCAUGGACAGGAACAGAGAAGCCAGACGAGGUACCAUGGCGGCUUCUAAUGGCCUGUCCAGACGACGACACAGGACCGGCCUCCGAGACUCUCCAGAGGAGGACGGGCCGGUGGAGCUCGCGGAGACGGCGAGGCUGAGAGAUCGAGGGAGCGGCGGCAAGAAGGACCGGGAGCGAGAUCGAGAUCGGGAGCGGGACAGGGAUCGGUUCUCGAGGAGCGGGAAGAGGAGGCGAGGGGACCGGCUGAUGCUGAGCAGGGAGGACGGGGGCGAGGAGAGCUCGGAGGAGAGUGUGAACGACGAGGAGGACGAGGACGAGGACGACGGGAGCGGGAGCGGCCACCACGUGAGGCUGCUUGCGCCGUCGAGCCAGGCGAACUCGCUCUCGUCUUCUUCCGCGGCCGCGGCCCUGAACAACCACAGCCGCCGGAGCUUUCCGCCGGCGGCGAAGGUCUUUAGGACGGCGCCGUGGAAAGCGCCCGAUGAGAUGAUCGGCGGCGUCACGGUGCCAAGGAAGGCUCGGUCAGUCUCGACGAAGAGGUCCCACGAGUGGGUUUCAGGUCAUUUGGUCGGCGGCGACCAAGUUCUCCGGCAGGCUUCUACCUCGCCCGUGAGGCCGACUCUCGCAGCUCCGACGGCCUCUCCGGUGAGGCCACUUUCGCCGUUUUCUUCGAAUGCCUCUGUUCGAAAGAAGUUGAAGCCGAACGGACCGAAGCAGAGGCCGCCGAAGUCGUCAUCGAAGUCGACAUCUUCAGCUCAAGAUGAAAUCGAGAUCGAGAUUGCGGAGGUUUUGUAUGGGAUGAUGAGGCAGCCUCAGGGUCCGUCGAAGAACGAAGCCGUGGGAAGCGAUUUGGUGAAGUUCGAUUCGAGGGAAGAGAACAAUUCCACCGGCGAUGCGAAGUCCCGAAUUUCGUCUCCCAUCUCGAACUCUCAAUCUGGCGCUCCGCCAUCGUCAUCGGUUUUGCCCCAAAACUCCGGUUCAUCUGCACCUCCGCUGACCGCUAUCGCACCCAAGAGGAAAAAGCCUCGUCCAGUGAAGUACGAGGACGAGACGCCAUCGAUAUUUCCAGUCAGGAGCAGCUCCAUCUCCUCGACCAAAGCCGAAAUCGACCAGACGGGGGCCAAGAUCGAAGCCGCCUCACCCAAUAUGGAGAAGGCCCUUGGAUUCACGGUGGAAGAAAAUGGAGCUUCCGUUGAUUUGGCAAAAUCUCAACCUGCUCCGGUGCCGCUGGAGAACCAACCGGAGCCGAUGAAGCUGGAAGGCUUCCCGGCGCUGGAUUCCAAGCACUUGACCGAAGAAACGGAGAGCAGAGAUGCGGUCACCACCGCCGCGGCCAAGGAAGAGCCGCCAUCGCCCAAAAAGGAAUCUUCCGGUCUCCAAUUGGAUGACGACCGUGUGGAUAAGACAGCGACAAAAUCGAACUCGGGAAUUCCUGAGAUGGAGAAACAGCGAGAGGAGAAGUUUCAGAUAGAUCUGAUGGCUCCUCCUCCGUCGAGAUCAUCUCCAGAAAGGGACGGCGAUAUCGAUUUUGCGGCAGUAGAUCCGAAGUCUGUGGUGUCAAAUAUGAGAACUGACAUGAAGCCCUCGUUGAAGGAUGAUGAGAAGACGACAGCCAAGGUCGGAAAGGAAGAAGCAGUGAAUGCAGAAGCCGAGGCGGCGAAAGCUAUGGCCGUGGAUGCGGAAUCGCAGAAGCCGGCUGUUCAUAAGGUGAAGAAUAUUGAUCUCCAGUUCGAUUUGGAGAAGGCUGAUGGAGGAGGAGGAGCGGGCAAUGCGAGUGUUAGCAAGCUUAAUCAGCCUGUCCAUAAGCAUCAGCAGCAGCAGCAGCAGCAGUCCCUCACCGAGAAAUCUGCUCAAACCCCCAAUUCUUUACCUUUCCCAAUGCCCGUAGCUGGAUGGGCUGGCGGGCUUCCACCCAUGGGCAGAUACAUGGGACCAUUAGGAGGAGUUGUAUCCAUGGAUGGGAGUACUGUUGCUUCUGCUGCAAUCCAGCCACCGCAAUUGCUCUUUAGUCAGCCCCGUCCGAAGAGGUGCGCCAACCACUGCUACAUUGCUCGGAAUAUUAAUAUUCACCAGCAAUUCACGAGGAUGAAUCCCUUCUGGACGGCAGCUGCUGGUUCGGCUUCGCUUUAUGGGGCCAAGCCCUGCAAUCUCAAUGUGGUUCCAUCCCCUGAGUUGCAUGGAAAUUUGACGUCCACUAGAAAUAUGAAUGCGCUCCCGGACAAGGGUCAAAAUCCUGCCAUCUUUCCCGGUAAAGAGAAGGCAUCUCAGUCGGCAAAUAGUAUUGAUGCUUCUCAAAGAAAGCAAAUUUUGCUCCAGCAAAGUCUACCUCCUGGAGCACCUAGCAAUAUUCUGCACGGCCCUGCUUUCAUCUUCCCUCUGAGCCACCAGCAACAUGCGGCAGCUGCUGCCGCUUCUGUCCGACCCGGACUCGCAAAGUCCCCAAAUGUAGUUGCGGCUGCAGCUGGCGCCUCCACAUCCGCCUCAAGUGGCAGCUCUGCUGCAGCUGCAGCUACAGCAAUGAGCUUCAACUAUCCAAAUAUGCCUGGAGGUGAAGCUCAGUACUUGGCAAUUUUGCAGAAUAAUGCAUAUCCAUUUCCUGUGCCGGCUCAUGUUGGGGCUCCGCCAGCUUACCGAGGUUCCCAUGCUCAGGCGAUGCCCUUCUUCAAUGGAUCAUUCUACUCUUCUCAAAUGCUCCACCCUUCGCAGCUCCAGCAGCAAUCGCCUGCUCAGUUGCCACAGUCGCAACCGGGUCAUCAUAACGCUAGCAUUUCCAGUAGUUCCUCAUCGACCCAGAAGCACUUGCAAAAUCAGCAGCAGAGACCGCAUAACAGUAAUGGAAACUUGCCCGGCUUUCCUUCUGCUAAGACCCAGCAAGCACAGCAACUGCAGCUGCAGCACAACCAACAUGCGCCUCAUCAAGUUCGCGCCCUGGAAUGUGAAGGUGGUGAAGAUAGCCCUUCAACUGCUGAUAGUCGAGUCGCGCGCGCUAAUAUGAACAUCUACGGUCAGAAUUUCACUGUGCCCAUACCUACUGGGAACUUUGCUCUGAUGACCCCUGUUCAGUUGGGUGCAGCCAACGGCACCGGCAGCACUCCCGGUGAAAAGAAGCAGCAGCAUCUGCUUCCACAACAGCCGGGUCCAAAAUCUGGAUUGGAGUCAUUUCCAUCUCCGGCUUUUGCAAUGUCAUUCUCCUCCAUUAGUAGUUCAGCAUCUGCGCAUGGCCUCGACAUGAUAGCACCGAAUCACGCCAUUCUCCAGAGCCUCCCUGAGGCCAAUAGGCAUAAUUAUCAGAUCAUGGCUGCUCCUGCCGUUACACAAUCUGCACAGCAGAAGAAGAAUCACCGGGCUACUGAUGAAGGCAAAAUGGAUGCUUCCAAUGAAGAUGAAAGAAAGCCACUUGCUGGGAAGACUCCGGCAACAAUCGGGCAAUCUAUUGCAUUUUCUCGGCCCGAUCUGGCCGAUACUUCAGUUUCCGCAUUACCUGGCAGUAACGUUGUUGAUAGUUCUGCCCGAACCUUAAACCUUGGCUCUGCUGCUUCUCGAACUUCUGGUUCAGUAAUACCGGCUGUUGGGAGCACCCACAGUGGACCCACUUCCCAGCAGCAACUUCAGCGGAAUCAACAGCAGCAGCAGAUGAUUCAGCUCCAGAAGCAUCCGCAGUUUGCUGCUGCAGCUCGGAGCAAGUCUCCUGUGACUAGCAAUGGAAGUGUGUAUGGUGAUCAUCCAUCUUCCGCAGCUGCCUCCAAAUUUCCCAGUCUGUCUCCAUUUCCCCAAAAUCUGAUGCAAACGAGUUCCGCUCAAAGUCAGUCUACGCAAUGGAAGGGUUCAAUUCGGCCAGCUACAUCUCAAGUUCCAUCCUCUCUCGGCAACACCUCUACAUCAUCCCUUAAAAAUCUUCCGCAACAGCAGGGCCGAACACAGCAAGGCCAGACACACAUCUCCUUCGCAGCCAACUCCAAAUCCCCUAAUGCCCUACAGGGUCAACAAAUUCCUAAUAGUAAUCAAUCUCCAUCUUCUCCUGUGGUGGUUGGAUCACCAACUACUUCUUCAAUGUCUAAAAGCGCUGGUGGAAGCCCAAGGACUGCCACUUCAUCCUCUACGGGCAACAAAUCUGCACAAGCUUCCUCAUUGCAAGUACAAGUGAAGAACCCCUCAUCGUUGCCUACUCGCAAGUCAUCGCCUGUUGGCACGGGGAAUGUACCGUCGAUCUUGGGGAACUCGCAGGUGACAUCUUCCUCGAGUGGAGGAACCAAACAUCAGCAACAGCUUCCAAAGCAGCAAUUGCAGCAGGCACAGCUUUUCUUUUCUCAUAAUUAUGUGCAGCUUCAAGCUCCUCAUUCAACAAAUUCAACUUCAACAGCCUCUGCCACUAAUGCCUAUUAUCAUCAGAGAAGACCACCCGACCAACAGUCCAAAUCCCAGCAACCACAAGGCUCAGCAGCAACUUCCUCAUCGGGGAUGUUGUCGCUCUGUACCCCCGUUACCCUUGCUAAUGCUAGUACUUGUGAUCCUGUAAAAGCUGUUGCUGCGAGUAACAUGAAGGGAGGAGGUGGAUUGCCCUCACAGAGUAUUCUCCAUGCUGCUCAGUUCACUGUUGCGCCGCCAUCCGGCAGUCAGCAUCAGCUUGUACCAGCUGGGUUUUCGUAUAUUCAUCCUGUUCCGAAUGCGGUGCAGGUGAAACCAGCCGAACAAAAACAGCCUGCUGGAAAUUGAUCGUUUAUACCCCCCUAUGGCAGCGCGAGAAGAAGCGUGAGUUUCAGAUGGCUUGGCUUCUGUCGGGGAAGGGACGUGGCCGGAAACAAGAUGGUGCAACCUGGGAUCCACAAUUUUGGAGGAGGUUGAACCAGCAAGAAGGGGAGAUGAUGGUUCGUUCCCUGUGGGGGCUGUUCCUGCAAAAUGUUUAUUCGUCCUCGAUCAUCGCCCCCCUUUGUAUUUAAUCUGCUGACCCGGGUUGGUUGUGAAAUCUGCUAAUAUGUUGAUUGGUUUUGAUGGUGGUGAGAGAGACAGCUGCGAGAGAGGGAGAGAGAAUGGACAGUGCAAAGCAACAAUUGAAUCUGUGUUUUUGUAGGGGGGAAAAGAGGAAAGGGGGAUAGGUAAAGAGCCCAUAUCAGGUCCAGGCGUUUGAGGAAGAGGAAGACCCACCUCUUUUUGGGGUUGUACCGGUGGUUUUUUCUGUUGUCUUUUGUAGAUCUUCUCUUUCCUCUUUCCUUGAGGGGGGUUUUGAUAUUUCCAGGAAAAAAGUGCAGCAAAACAUCUUCUGACAAUAUAUAUAUGCUACUACUACCGUGAAGGGUGUAUAUGUAUAUGCCUGGCACAUAUAAAAUGGACCCUUCCGAAUUUUUUUCA